GAUAAACCACACCUUAAACUUAGGACUGAUAUGUUCCCUAUCCUCAACUUACGACAGCACGAAUUUAGCCUCCUCACGACCGAACUCCUGACAACGAUUGAAGAGGCUUAGGCUUCAAAAUUGUUGUUUCAAUGGCGUCUUUCGACGAUGCAGCGCUGUCGCAAUUGACGGCUAAGAUCGAAAACAAGCUUACGGAUUCCAAGCAACCCCAGAGCAAAAAGGGUCAAGGCAAAAGGAAACUGGAUGAAACCAUAGAUCCUGUCCAGCCACCUCCGAAUAAGAAGAAGAGUACAUCCGACCUGAACGGCCGCAGGAACGAUAAGAAGUCGAAAAAGACACAGAAGCCUGUUGUUGCUUCCAAGAAAGUUGAGUCUAGCAGCCUUUUGGAUGAAAUUAAGGCCCUCGGUGGGGAUGAGGAGGAUCUAAAAUUGGUGGAAGAUGCCAACUCCGACGACGAGGAGCUUUAUAAUGGGAAGGGCCAAAAGAACAAGGAUAAGGGUCUCCAAGCUGAGUUGGCUAAAUUUGCCGCUGGUCUUGGGUUUGACGAUGUGAGACCGGAAUCCGAAUCUGAGGGAGCGGAUGAGGAUAUGAAUGAAGCCGAUGGUGCCAGCGACGAUGAAGGUGAAGAUGACGACGCAUCAGUCAUAAAAAGUGACGAGAAGUCCAUACGAGAUCCAAAAAGGAAGACGAAAUUUGAACCUCGUUCUGACUGGCACGCCGUUAGUUUAAGAACUUUACCGACGCCAUCUUCAGAUGAUAUCACUCCUUAUGCGGCUGCUAUAGCUGAGUUAAAGGCCUACGCCAAAUCAACCUUAGACGAAGAUAGUGUCGCAUAUAGCAAGACACUGUCUGCGUCCUCAUCACACAGAUUCAUGUCCACUAUCAUGUCUUCAGGUACGAUGUCGGAUAAAGUAUCAGCCUUGACUUUGGCAAUCCAGGAGUCCCCCAUACAUAAUAUCAAAGCCCUCGAGAAUCUCAUUGGUCUUUCGGCGAAAAGGAGUCGUGGGCAGGCCCUGGCUGCUCUAGCUGCUCUGGUGGACUUGUUUGGGCCGGGAAUGAUUCUACCGUCCGACAGGCGAUUGCGUCUCUUCUCUUCCCAGCUAGGUCUCGUUGGGACUCUGCAGAAGUACAAUGUGAAAACCUGGUCCGCCGGUCAAAAACUGCCUGGAAAAAUCACCAAAGAGCACUUAAUAUCGUGGAUUUUCGAAGACUGGUUGAAAGAGUCUUAUUUCAGGAUGAUUCAAAACCUCGAGGUUUGGUGUGAUGAUGAAGUUGAGUAUGCUCGUACUAAGGCGGUUGAUCUGGCGUAUGCUUUGUUGCGAGACAAGCCCGAGCAGGAGUCCAACCUGCUUAGGCUUUUAGUAAAUAAGCUUGGCGACCGCGAACGUAAAAUUUCUUCGAGGGCCUCCUACCUAAUUCUUCAACUCCUGAACUCUCAUCCUGGAAUGAAGCAAGUGGUCAUACGCAGUAUCGAACAGGACAUCAUAUUCAGACCAGGCCAGCAUAUCCGAGCCAAGUACUACGCCAUCAACACACUGAAUCAGACUAUCCUCAGCACGAAGGAACCUCAAAUUGCAGACUCCCUGCUAAAUAUAUAUUUUGGGCUAUUUGUCUCUUUGCUAAAGAGCGGAGAGCUUAGCCAACUUGAUAACAAUCCCGAUGCCCCUAAAGGAGGCAAGCGCCAUUAUCAAAAAUCCAAGCCAGUGAAGAAACCUGAGGACAAGGCCCAGGCUGCUUCAGGCGAUCGAGAAGCUGCCGAAAAGCUUGUAUCGGCCAUUCUCACCGGGGUAAACCGAGCUGUUCCAUUUUCUCAAGCAGAGCAGUCUACUCUCGAGUCUCACCUGGAUACAUUAUUCCGUAUCACACAUUCAUCUAACUUCAAUACGAGCAUCCAAGCCCUUAUGCUCAUUCAACAGCUGGCAGCUAACCGACACCUUGCCACGGACAGAUUCUACCGCACUCUGUACGAAUCACUUCUGGACCCCCGUCUCAUCACUUCUUCCAAGCAGGCCCUCUACCUCAAUCUGCUGUAUCGAAGCUUGAAGGCUGACGUGGAUGUCCGCCGCGUAAAAGCAUUUGUCAAGAGGAUGUUACAAGUUUUAAACUUGCACCAGCCUUCUUUUGUCUGCGGAAUAAUGUAUCUCAUAAUCGACCUUUGCGUCACCUUCCCUGACAUUAAAACAUUAAUCAAUGAGCCGGAAGAAUACGAUGACGACGAAGUAAUUCCUGGUGUGGCUUCAGACGCCCCAGCCGAGACACUUACCGGCGGGGCCGAAGCUCAACCUACGAAGGCUGAUAGUGUUUAUGAUGGACGAAAGAGAAACCCCGAAUACAGCAAUGCGCAUCGCAGCUGUUUAUGGGAACUACUACCAUUCCUCAAGCAUUAUCAUCCUUCCGUGGAUGUUUUCGCGUCGGCUCUAAUAAGCGGACGGAAAGCCGCUCAAAAGCCAGAGUUAGCGAAUCACACGCUCAUAGCUUUCUUAGAUAAAUUCGUGUACCGCAACGCCAAGGCCGUCGAUUCGACGAAGGGCGUAUCCAUCAUGCAGCCUGUGGCUGCCAGCGGCCAGGGCUCCGUCCUGUUGUCGAGCAAGCCUUCGGCUAAAGCAGCGGGAAGCUCCCUAAACUCGGCAGAGUUCUGGAAUAAGAAGAGUGAGGAUGUCGCCGUAGAAGACGUCUUCUUCCAUGAAUACUUCUCUAGGGUUGGUAAGUCCGAACAGGCCCAGCGCAAGAAGGCGAAGAAGGACAAGGCCGCGGAGGGCGAAGAUGCCGAGGAGGCUGCGGAAGACGAGAUUUGGGAUGCGCUUGUGGCUUCCCGCCCUGAGGUCGAGGGUGAGUCUGACGACGAAGCCGAUUUCGAUGACCUGAUGAGUCUCGAUGAUGACCAAGAUUUGGAGAAGGAGAUGGCGGAGUUGGAUGAUGGAUCGGAAGAUGAAGAAGAGGGUGGAGUCGAAUUUUGGGAUGACUCGGAUGAUGAUGACGACGAAGGGGACUCGGAGCUCCAGAAGGCGCCUGUGGACGAGGGAGAGGAAGAGAAAGAGAAGAAACCAGAAUCGGAGCGCACUAAGAGAAGGAAGGCUAUCAAGAGCCUACCCAUGUUCGCUUCCGCGGAUGACUACGCAGAGAUGCUCGCUCAAGACGAGGAUGAUCUGUAAACUAGUAGCGGAAAGCCAUAAUCAUGAACAUAGAGUAGUCACGGGCGUUUUCACUCCGGCUGGGAACAGAUACUUGAAAAUUCAAGAUACCCGAUUUGAUGCGAACUAUCACAUUACUGCAUUUAUUUGUUCAUUCAUUCAGUGCUCGUUAAUCUGCCAUAACCAUCCUAAAUCUAACACAUUAACCCGGAAAUUGAAUGCGAUUAGGUGUCAAACCACUCCAGCGGGUCAUCCUUGGUAAAGAUGGCGCGGUACUUCCUUCCGCCCUCGGGAUCCUCCGCAUCUUCAGUGUGGAUGCUAUGUAGCGUUGCGACGCCGGGUUCGUCGUGGCCGUCGCCGCCGAUGAAGAGGCGGAUGU